AUGCGCCUCACAAACGCUCUUCUCCUGAGCUUCUCGGCGCGGGCCAUCGCUCAGCCCGUCGCCAACGGCGUGCGCGCCAGGGCAGAUGACCCCAAGCCCACCUGGGCCGUCGUCAAUGUCGACGGCAGCAACGGCCAUGGCGACUGCGACGACUGCGAUUCGGCCACCGUCACCGUUACCAAGGCGCCGAAGCCUACAACCGUCACCCACCGUGUGACCGAUACCGUCGUCCGCGUCUCCUCGGUGCCCGUCAUCUCGAUCGUGCCUGUCGAGGGCAAGCCUGACAAGCCCCCGGUCACUGUGACCGUGUACGGGCCAACGACUUUGACAACCUCCUCGACUUCGGCAACCUCCUCGACUUCGACAACCUCCUCGACUUCGACAACCUCCUCGACUUUGACAACCUCCUCGAGCUCGACAUCGACAAGAACGCCGACAAUUACACCGUCGACUUCGACCUCUGCAUCCGCGACGACAACAUCGAGCUACUCCUCCAGCACGGUGACUUCUACAACCCUUCCUAUUGCUCCUGCUCCUCAACCUGAGCCCACACCUUCGACUACGCCUUCAGUGUCUCUGCCUAACCCCGAAUCGACCACCACCACCACCUCCUCCUCCUCCUCCACGGUCGCCGCCGCGCCUCCCAUCUGGGCUCCCGAGCCUGAGCUGCCUUCUUCGGCACCGGUCUGGCCCCCUGAGCCUGCGCCGACCACAUCUCUUCCUACCGUAUGGGAGCCGACUCCCGUACCUGCGCCCUCCCUCUCUGCACCUGUCAUUGGCGUGCCAGAGCCCUCGCCUGUGUCUUCUUCGAUUGAGGUCUCCUCGGCCCUGCCCUCUGUCAAUGUGUCACAGCCCUCUGUGCCUGUGUGGUCGGCCCCCAGCGCCUUGCCCUCAGAGUUUGUCAGCUCAGCGGAGCCCACGAGCUGGGCGCCCACGCCUACGACUCUCGUCACUCUCAUCUCAAGCAUCACGGAGGCCCCUGUGCCGGUGUCGACAACUCACACUCCCGACGAUGGCCUCUGGUACAGCGCCAAGUACCCACCACACCACAACGGCACCGAGGGUCGCUUCUGGAAGUAA